AUGACGGUGAAGACGGCGACAUUGGUAGGUGACCUUGGACCAUUAGGAAUCGUCUUCAACACGCCAUCACAUCACCGAGUACAUCACGGACGGAAUCCAUAUUGUAUCGAUAAAAACUACGGCGGUGUUUUCAUCAUAUGGGAUAAGAUGUUUGGAACGUUUGAAGCGGAGCGAAAAGACGACCCACCAAUAUAUGGUCUAGUUCAUAACGAGAACACUUUCGAUCAAAUCUAUUUACAGAUAAAAGCAGCGCUGUAUCCUCCUGGAUGGUUCCCAGGAGUUCCUGUACAAUCAUUCUUCCACUGGAUGAGCCUUGUCGACACGGCCUACGGAGUUCCUGAGCUGAAGAAACCAGUUGUCAAAUACAAUCCGCCUUUGGAAGCCUGGAUAAAACUCUAUUUGGUCGGACACUUCACACUGUUAUUGGCGAUAUUCCUACAUUUCGAAUACGAUCGAGCAUCGAUGAGCUACGUGGACUUUACGCUGAAAAUCGCGUUCUUCCUCGUCACAAUGCGACGGCCAUAUGCACCAUCGUUGGAGAUUUCUCGAUGUGUCGGAGUGCUAACAUUUUUUGGUUUCUUGAUUUUGGAUCACAUUGGUGCUGGACCUCACAGAAUGUUCUUAAUGACAGUGUUUGGCAUGUCCGCGUUACUAUGGAUAGGAUAUUCCAUUCAAGAGGUAAUCACGUCCAGGCGAAAGGUCAACAUCUCUGAUGAUACUAAGAAAGUCGCCAUAUCGAUCAUUUCCAAAAGUGAUUCGUUGACACCUAAUGCACCUCCAGUCCUGCCACACAGUAUUCACUC